AAACAUUUGCGGAGCGAAGCGUCAAGCGAUCUCUCAGACAGACAGACAGAGAGAGAGAGAGAGUCGUUGCUACCUAUAACCAACAAAGAUUACAGCAAAAUCGAAAUAUAAACAUCAAACAUUGGCCAUUUGGGGCCGCCGAGGAAAGAGCACUCCUCUUCCACUCAUCUCCUCUUCCUCAGCUCUUCUUCUUCUUUUCUGCCACGCUUUUUCUCUUCCCUGUUAUUCUUUCGCACUGUUUCAUUUCGCUUUCCUGAAUCAUGCCAACAUUUACUGCUAUAACUCUAGAUCGAUUCUUAGAACCUGGAGCUUCAAAAUCGGUUGAUAGGCCUAUUCCUAAUUCAAAGCCUCCUAAUUCAAGACCUAUUCCGAGUUCAAAUCUGGAGAGGAGAAACAGUACGUCAGCCACUGAAAGGAGAGUGAAACGCCCUCAGAUAAGGCCAGCACUCUAUGCUACUCCUAAGGCAACGCCACUUCCAGAUUCACCUACUUCAUUCACGCCCUCCCCAUAUAUCAUCAACCAUAAGCGGCGUGGGCCACGUCUCAUGAAGAGCUUUUCUGAGGACAAUGUAUCCCUUCGCCAAAAACCUGAUGAAAAGGUCAAUGAGAAUGCUGGAAAUGUGGAAACUGAGGUUGUCCCUUCAGCUGAUGAUGUUUCUGUUACUUUCACCAUUCCUGGUGCUAAUCAGGAGGACCAUGUGAAUGGUGGCCGUGACGGUCAUGUUGGGAAUCACUGCAGUGAAUCUGGGUGCAAUAAUGGAGAACUUGUGAGCAGUCAUGUGGAACUUGGAAACAGUAGUAAAAGUGAUGGUGUGACAGGGGAAGAUGAUUUGUUGAAGCUUGAAAGAGAUGGCGAUUCAGAAAAUUUCUUUGAUCCACAUGAAUCUCUUAGUGUUACCAGCAAUACUGAUGGAGAGGAUAAUUCUGCGGUAGAUCGAUCUAUUACUCUCACCACACAAAUGGGGGAGUUUUUUGACGCUUGGGAAGAAUUAUCCUCUGAGAGUGGGUCACAGCCUUCUCUUCAAGACGUUGAAGCUGAAUUGCGUGAAAUGAGAUCGAGUGUAUUGAUGGAAAUAGAGAAGCGGAAACAAGCGGAAGAAUCCUUGAACAACAUGCGAAGCCUGUGGCAGAGGCUUAGGGAACUGUUGUCUGUUGUGGGAUUGACACUUCCUUCUUAUCCCACUGCUUUGGCAGAGGGUGAGCAGCUGGAAUGUAAUCAGGUGGAAGAGUUGUUACAACAGGUACAUGUUGCUAGGUUUGUAUCAGAAUCUGUUGGAAGGGCUGUUGCAAGGGCUGAGGUGGAGAAGGAGAUGGAAGCCCAGCUCGAAUCAAAGAACUUUGAGAUUGCUCGAUUAUAUGACAGGCUCCAUUUUUAUGAGGUCAUGAAUCAGGAAAUGUAUCAGAGGAACCAAGAUGCUUUAGAGGUGGCACGACAUGAAAGGCAAAUGAAGAAAAGAAGGCAGAGGUGGAUUUGGGGUUCGUGUGCUGCUGUGAUCACCCUUGGCACUGCAGCCUUAGCAUGGUCAUAUCUACCAAAUGGAAGAGGAUCAUCUUCCUCCAAUCAUUUGCAGAAUCCUGAGGGUGGUGAUGCAGUUGAGUAAUCGGUGGUGGUCAAUCAAUUGGUAACUUGGAUAACAUGUCAUGGAAGAAAAGAAUAAAGGUCAUAUAAUACAAGCUUGUGGGCAUUGUCUCUUGCUUUUAUCAUUUGAUUUUCCUGCACACAGUGGUUUUAUACCUACUAAGAUAAUUUAAUUUGGUGCCCUUUGCUACUACUGAUAUGAAAGGUGAUAGAUCAUAAAAUGGAUUAGGUUUUUUUAUUGAAAUCAUGAUUUCGAGCA